AUGGUCAGCUAUCGUAUGAUUGCCGUUGCCGGCUUCCUCGCCAGCGUCAGCGCUCUUCCUCUAAACAUUAACCUUGGCGCUUAUUCCCCUGCAUUGGUGGUUGGUGAUGGUGAGAUUUCAUUCGGUGGAGGUCAAGAUGUGACGAGCUUGAUGAACGCCUUGGAGGGUGCAGCAGUUAACGCUGCCGCCGGGUCGACUGGAGGCGCCACUCAAAAUGCUGCUUCCGCACCUGUAGCCGCAAGCAGUGUUGCCCCGGUGGACGAAGGUGGUGUUGUGGCCGCCCAAAGCAAUCCGAGCCCCGUUGCCGAGACUCCUAAAGCCCCCGAAGUUCCCGAAACCCCCGAGGUUCCUGAAGCUUCUGCCGCGCCUACUACUACUAAUGUAGACCCCAACUUGGAGCAACAAGGCCUACAAGGCAUGGGAAAGGAGAUCGCCCCUCGAGAUUCCGAGUCUCCCAAGGCCAAGCGUGAUCUAGCUGGCUUUGACAGGGCUCUUACAUUUGCCGAGGCGGCCUUAACCAAGGGACCCUUGAUCCAACUUGGCACUGGCGAGGGUGGUGCUGGUGUCGGUAUCAUUGUUGAUAACAAUGGCGGCACUGUUGGCGAGGGUGCCAGGGCUGCUGCUAAGCGCGAUGAAUCUUCUUCGCAGCCGCGCCGACGAACCAAGGUCACCCGCAUGUAUGUCAAGCGCGGUGUCCCUGCUACUAUCCAGACAUCUAGUGGAUUCGAAACUCGCUCCCUCCCUAUCCCGAAAGUCCCAACAGUGGCCAAGCGAGAAAUCUCUUCUUCCGAUACCAUCGAUGCCAUCAACCUAAACGUGGAUGAUGCGCAAGGCUUCACGAUGACGUUUGUUGAGACAACAGAAGACGAAGACGAUGCCGCGAUCGAUGAAGCGCAGGAGUAA